AUGCGGAAUUCGAUUCAUAAAUGGAUCAAGCUCUAUUCUUUCCUUCCCCAACACAAGCUUCAUCCAUCAUCAUUGCUGAGAGUCGCAACACCACUCACCGACCAAAUCCACCACAAUUUUUCCACCAAGGUCCGAUGGCAAAGCAAUAAUCAAGAGAGCUAUGUCGAAUCAACCACCACCAAAACAACAACUUCCCAUAGCCUCUCAGAUAAGACCAAUAAUAGCAGUAGUAGUAGUAGUAUCGGUAGUGGCAACAGAACGAGUAAUCUUCGUGAAACCUUUCAUCAUUAUGCGUCCACAAUUCCGAGCCACUUGGUUCGGGAAUCCUCUCUUCUUCAUCACCAUCAGCAUCAUGAUGAAGAUAAUAAACCCUUGGAUCCCAAACAUCCGUACGGUCCCGAUCAAAUCAAAGUUCAUGAAAUUAAAUUACGAAAACAACGAAGACAAUUGGAAUUACAUUUUGAAAUUACUCGUUCCAUGAAUGAUGAUGAUGGUAAGGAUGAUGAAUCAGCUGCAAGUCUCACUCUUGUGGGCACUCUUCCGGCCGAGUUAUUGAGAGUGGAGAGUCCCUCUGCAGAGGUUCAAGGCGAGAAUGGACAAAAGAGACUCAUCUAUGGAAAGAAGUUUGUUCAAAUCUCGCAAAUUGAAACCGUUGGAUCGUAUGCCAUUCGGCUCAUAUUCUCCGAUGGGCACGAUAGUGGAAUCUACUCUUGGAGUUACCUGUAUGAAAUGGCCCGUCAUAAAUAUUCUCUGAUGAAGCAAUACAUUAAAGAUUUGAGAGCAGCAGGAAAGAGUCGAUACCCGAGAGAGUACUUGAAAAAGAUGAAGGACCAACAACAGCAGCACCAACAAUGA